AGCAGGCGAGAGCCCAUGAGGAUGCACUCAUUAGCUGUCGUCUGCCAGCAAGUUGGGAGUGUGUGUUGCUGAGGCUGUUAUAAAAGGCAGUCGUUAAGUAAUCGCAUUUCUCUUGCAUAAGUACUUGUUUUUAGGAGACUUUAGCCAACUGGAGGCUGCAGCUCACAGACAGAAAGCACGUUGUACUACCCUGAUUUUUAAAUGCAUGAUUAUUAAUCCGCUGGAAGUUGUAUAAAAAUCUCUUUAGGUAAGGUUAAGUGGCAGAGACUCUUCGGUGCUGAUGGUAGCUGUAAGACACUGCUAACAACCUGUGGAGCCUUGGUAAAAUGGAUGCUAUGCACAAGCUGAAGAUUUUGGUGAUGUUUCUGUCUCUGGCUACUUUCAUGGUCAUGGUGAUACUGAAUGCUGGAAAUGCCACUGGGAUUUUCAAAGGUCUGUUCAGAACAACCCCUGGAAACAUCUCAGCGAAGUACAACACUGACUUCACACCAGCUGGCUGGACUUUCCUCAUCUGGAAUGUCAUCUAUGCUUGGCAUCUUGUCUGGCUUCUCUACGCCUUGUCAGGGAUCUGUCGAAGGAAUGAACUUGGAUGUGUCUACAUAAAGCCAGACUUGCUGCCAAUACCUUUUUAUGUGGUGUGGAUUCUGAAUAACAGCCUCAAUGUUGGAUGGCUGUUUCUGUGGGACCGAGAAUACCUCCUCCCAGCCCUGGUGUUCCUGGCAGCCCUCACUUUUACCACAUGUGCCUGCCUCUUCAUUUCGCACCAAGCCUUGAGCAUGCAUUCCUCUUGGCUUGUGAAGGGUCACAAAGCUGAGCUCUGGCUCAUCCGCAUCCUGGUCCAGAAUGGGCUGGCACUGUAUGCAACAUGGACCAGCAUUGCCACUCUGCUGAACUUUGCAGUUGUGUUGAUCUACAAGUGGAAUGCCUCCAAUGAGACAGCAACAACAGCUUCCCUAAGCAUCCUUGCUCUUGUCCUGGUAAUAUGGUUUUAUCUAGAAAAUUUCUUUCUUGACAAGCAUGUCCGCUAUAACCUUACAAUCUACCCAGUGGUCAUAAUAGCUCUGACUGGUAGCACAUGCAAGAACUUCUCAUUUUCAUCCCCAACAACGAAUAGCAUUUUUAUAGUUGUUCUGCUGGCAAUUACUUGCUUGAUCUUUGCUGUUCGGCUGGGACUAAUCAUAUGGAGACACUGUAAGAGACCACUGGAAGUGUCAGAAACCCUAGACCCAUCAGGCACUGUGGCCUGAGACAUCUGGCAUGUUGUGGCAGAUACUUUUAAAGGGAGAAAAAAGAAUUUUGGCAUCUACUGAUCUGUCCUUCCAUUAUCAGUUGCCUUGUGCUCUUCUGUUUCUUUCCAUUUGAAAUGUGGAUGGCUUGUGUUUGAAAACCUGUCCUGCACCCAUAUUCCUUCAGAUAAGCUACUCACAGCCCCACCUUGAAUCUGCAUCCUCCUUCAUUUGCUCAGUGCAGGAAAAGGUCUUUCAGCUGAACAACUCUCUGCACCUUUGUGACAACUGAGCUGUGGUGCUCUGGCCCUGCCACUGCAAUGAGGGCUAACAGGCACUUGGCAUGCUUGCACAGACAUUCCUAU